AUUAAGCGUUUUGCCGAUGCGGCGGAAAGAGAGGCUUGGAUGGCCGGCGUUGCUUACACCGUUGGCUUGUACGAUGCAAACACGGAGAAGGAGAUGACGGUAUUACAUUCCAUGCCGGAUGCUACGGAGUGGAACAGGGAAUGGGUGCACGGAAGAACGGGGCCCGUCACGCAGCCACUUGUUUUUGGAGUUGUGCGGAAGAAUGAAACGGAAAUAUGA